AUGCAAUUUCGCUUGGUGGUGGUGAACCACCUGCUGCGUCAGACGCCUCUGAUGAUGGGAAUGAUGCGUCCUGCAUCGUUUCCUCAUUCUACGUCGAUGCAGAUGCAAUUGCGUUCCAUGGGCGUGUUCUCCAACAUGAAAAAGACAGUAUCAGACAAAUUGGAACAGCGUAAUCAGCAGAAACAAGGGGAUGCGUACAAGCAGCAGAUGAUUGAGCUCUCGGAAAAGGACAAAUUUGAUCUGAAUGGGUUUUACGACCACCUGAAGAAAAAUGCUGAGGCUAGUGGUGCAAGUGGCUGGCGAUCCAUGAUUCCUGGAGUGUCGACAAUGACUGCUGUUCAGCAGAUCAAGAUUUCCAUGACUAUUUUGGAGUCGAUGGAGCCCGAGUACCGUGAGAACCCUCGUCUCAUUAAUGGCAAAGUGAAGAGGAAGAUUUCGGAAAAAGCUGGUCAUUCUCCGGAAGAGAUUAAUAACAUGCUGCGUAACUACGAGCAAUUGUCUGCUCUUCAUACUUGGAUUCGAAAACGUGUCGAACGUGGGCUUUGCAUUCCCGAAUCUCUGGAUGAAACGACGGAACUUGUGCGUCAGGACCCAACCGGCUUCCCCGCCAAGAAGUUUCGGAUGAAACAACGUCGAUACUAA